GGCGGACGAGUUUCUGAACCACAACAUGACCCCGCGAUUCCUUAUCGAUACGCACGUUUCUCCCUUGCAUCAUUCCGUUUCACGCAUCAGUAUUUGAUAUUUCUCCCCCAGUGCGAACCCCCUUUUCAACUUCCUGCUCCCAUCCCACGAUACCGGAAUAUCUCAUACUAGCAGCGCCCACGGAAUCCAGAUUCCAGCGUCCCACAAUCUAGUCUAGCAUCGUAGAUUCCACUCCGUAACCGGACAUGACGCCAGGAAUGCCGUGCUCCCCACCCCCCCAAAUACCUGCGUGUAAUCUGCAUUUCUCUACGCCGGAUUGGUGGGAUAUCGGCUCCGUACAACUAAAUCUUUCCCAGGAUUCGCGGAUGCGUUGGCGCAACCGAGCGAUUGGUCGAUCGCAACCUGGAACCCCGCGGGUUAUCGUGACACGCUCCUCUCAUCGUCGAUCAAGCAAUAGCCUCCUCCGUACGGAACCCUGUAUGUACCGUCCUCGCUUCAUCCUUUGUUCUCUCCAGCAGAAACUCCGUCUGUUCUAUUCCUAUCCUCCUCCCUUUCCAACUGAGCAACUAAACAAACCCACCGCCCGUCGCCUCCGCUCCCUCCUACACCAUGUUCCCACCCUCUAUCUACAUCAUCCGGAUUCUACUUCCUGUCCCGACACCACGGCCGCGCGACGGGACACCGCGUCCAGCGGGCCCGGAUCGCGAACGAGAGAGCAAGCAGGUGGAGGUGGUAGGCCGGAGAGCAAUUCGGAUAGGGCCGGAGUCCGGUUGGUGGGCGAUGAUUGGGGGUAAUGAACGGGAGCAAACGAAGUGUAAUCUGAAUUGAUGUAUGCGGAGCAGUUCGUACCUCUUAGGUGGAUAUGUACGGGCAGCGACUGGAUUCUGGAAUGGCGGAUGUGAUGAGGCUCCUUGGUACAUCUCCGUGGCGAGUUUGGACUUUGGACUUUGGAUAUAUUCCCUAUGGUCAUCGAUGACAUCGAUCGACCCCCUGGAUACCUCCCUCCCCACCCUGAAGCGCAGUAGCCAUACCAGAUCGCAGCCCCUCGAUCUCCAGCCCUAGCAUCGUCCAUCCCAACUCCAUUCCCAACUCUC